UGUAGCAAAGACUGGGAAGAUCACGAACCAGGACUCCAUCAUCUUCACCAUCAAGUCCUCGCGACCACGGGUCGACUUCCGACGGUUCGUCGUGCAGGCACUGGACCGCGAGAGCGGUGUGGCCGUGGGCAUGUUCGUGGACACAGGAGACGCCGACAUCACUGUCGUCAACUGUUUUGGUCGUUCUGAGAACACUGCGAUAGAGUUCGAUACGGAGCCGAAGACAGAAGCGCGCAUGAGAUGGAUGCCUGACUUUGACUACGCAGGCAAUAUCACAUUCUUGGCCACAAUAGUCCAGUCUGGGGAGAUAUUCUGGCUGAGAGAGAAGGGAGAUUCAAUCUCUGUAUAUACAACCCGUGGUAGAACUUUACAUAUUGUUAGUGCAUGUUUCUAUAUUUUCUUUACUGUAAGUCGUACUGUGUUAUUAUUUCACACCCCUAUGAAAUAAAGGUGAGCGAAUUCUGCCAACUCACAAUAAACAAGGAAAAAAUCUCCUAAAAGCUAAAUCUUUCCACAUAUUUUGUAACAACAUUGUUUUACUUACCAAAUUUUAGAUUGUAUUGAUGGAUAGAAAACAUUAGGAACUAUAUUUACCAAAAUUAUCAAACAUAUAUAUUACAGUACAAGGAUACUAGUUAAGUGUUGAAGCAAAAACCGUUUUGUUGUAGUUCUAUAGAAAGUGCUAUAUAAAGCUUUUUUUAUAUAAUGUUUAUUUUUCAAUGUAUAAUAAGCUAGUUUCCACAAAACUAAUGUUAAGAAUGUUAAUGUUUUAAGAACGUUAAAAUAUUUUUUUAAAUAAAACCUAUAGGAUUUUUUUUAAUAUUUUGUCACGAAGGAGUGCAUUUAUGAAUUGGAAACACACAAUAAAUACCUAAUUUUGUCCAGUUAAGCAAGUUUCUCAUACGAGUUGAAUAUGCAAUGGGUAUAAAACAGGUGUAGGAAAAAUUACGAAUUUCAUACGUCUAUAAAGGUACUUUAAAAAGCAUUUUUUAUAAGGAAUAUACAUAUGUUGUGUCAAUAAUAAUAGUUUACUCGUAGAACAAUGGUUAAUUGAUAGUACAUUUAUUAUAAAAACAAAUAUUAUUAGUGUUAUUGGAAUAGCACGCUUACACAUAGUACAUAAUAGUAUUUUUUACAUAAUUGUUUGAACUCUGAGGAUAUUACUUAAGGAAAACACUGGAAUGUUAUAAUGAGGAAAUUAUAUGAAUAUAGAUUUAUGUGAAUGGUAAGUAGAAUUAGUAUGAAUGGAGAUUAAGUUGUGGGUUGAGAUACAAAGUUCUAUAUUAGAGAAGUUAGUUGCGGCCAGCUAUGGAAAACUGCAGUCCCUCUGUUGCAGAGUACCGCCUUAAUUUUCCAUAUCGAAUUUGCCGAAGAAAUAUCUACAUGGCAGGAACUUCCUCAAGUAGAAUUCUAGAUAAACUAUCUUAUUCUAAUCAAUACUACGUGUUAAUUCUUUGAUUGAAUAUU